GUUGCGGAGAAAGCGCAGCAGGCGAAAUGAAGGAAACCAUCGAGGGACUCGAGAGGUUUGACAGCCCGGGCAAAGGGCGAGGUCUCCGGGUUACCAAACCUUUUAAAGUCGGGGAACUCCUUUUUUCCUGUCCGGCAUACUCAUGUGUGCUCUCGGUGAAAGAGAGGGGCAACUUCUGCGAGUUCUGCCUCGCCAGGAAGAAGGGCUUGGCAAGAUGUGGGAAGUGCAAGAAAGCCCUCUAUUGCAAUGUGAACUGCCAGAAAGGGGACUGGGCCAUGCACAAGCUCGAGUGCGCUGCAAUGACUGCCUUUGGACCAAACUGGUGUCCAUCUGAAACGGUGCGUCUGGUGGCCAGAAUCCUUGCCAGGAAGAAAUCACAAAAAGAAAGAUGUGCGUCUGAAAAGCUGUUGCUGAUUGGAGACAUGGAAUCCCAUGUGGAGGAUGUAGAUAAUGCCUGGAGAGAGGUGAAUGAGGGAGAUAUUGCUAGUCUUCAUCGCUUCUACUCCAAACACCUGGCGUUUCCUGAUCACCGUGAUCUUCUCACACUCUUCUCCCAGGUUGCGUGUAAUGGUUUCACUGUGGAAGAUGAAGAACUGUCUCAUAUAGGGACUGCGGUGUACCCAGACGUGGCCCUGAUAAACCACGGCUGCCUGCCCAGCGUCAUCGUCACGUACAGGGGGACGGUGGCCGAGGUGAGGGCGGUGCAGGACAUGAAGCCUGGAGAUGAGCUGCUCAUCAGCUACAUAGACCUCCUCUACCCAACAGAUGACCGCAACAACAGGCUGAGAGACUCGUACUACUUCACCUGUGACUGCCAGGAAUGUAAAACCAAGUCCAAAGACAAGCUGAAGUUGAAGGCGCGUAAGAAGAACGACCCCGUCGCGCCAGAGGCCGUCAGCAACAUGGUGCGCUACGCUAGGAACGCCAUCAGAGAGUUCAGAGCCGCCAAACACGAGAAAUCUCCAGAUGAACUGUUGGAGAUGUGCGAGCACAGCUUAGAGAAGAUGGGAGCUGUGUUCGAUGACUCCAGUGUCUACAUGCUCCACAUGCUGUAUCAGGCAAUGGGGGUGUGCAUCUACAUGGGAGACUGGGAGGGAGCCAUCAGCUAUGGAGAGAAAAUCAUCAAACCUUACAGCGCGUUGUACCCACCCUUCUCUCUGAAUGUGUCCUCCAUGUACCUGAAGCUGGGAAGACUCUACAUGGGGAUGGAGAAGAGGUCUAUGGGCCUCACUUGUUUCAAGAAGGCGAUGGCCAUUAUGGAGGUGGCUCACGGCAAGGCUCACCCCUACCUGGCAGAGUUGCGUAAAGAGAUGACACAGCAAAAGUGAAGGCAACAUAACAACCCUAAUGGACUGCAUACACUCCCAUGGAUAGUUUUAUUGAACUAAAGGCACUUUCUUCGCUCUUUGGUAUUAUUUCAAGGACAGAGAGAUUUUUACCCUCAAUGUGAGCUAGCUGUUUGGACAGUCCCAGAUUUUCAUGUAUGGAUAGUAUAACAGUUGUCGAGUUUAGACUACUUUUCUACAAAGCAAAUGUUAAUGUUGGUAUGUGGAUAUCGUGUGAAUAUUAAAACUCGUAA